AUGAAGAUUUGCAUCGAUCAAGAGUGGUAUGACCUCACCAAGUGGGCCAAGUACCACCCCGGUGGCGUUCGCAUCCUCGAGCGCUUUGACAAUCAGGAUGCGACCGACCACUUUUACUCGUUGCACAGCACCGAUGCCAUCCGCAAGUUCAAGGCCAUGCGCCCCACCGAGACCAAGGAGGACGUACCUGAAGUGCUUCCCAUUGAUGCCUCCUUUCGCGAGCUGCGCGCCAAGCUCAUGGACGAUGGCUGGUGGGAUCGCGACCUCCUCACCGAACUCGGCAUCUUGAUCCCCAUCUUCGCCAUGUGCAUCAUUGGCACCGCCCUCGCCUGGUCCCACCCUGUCAUCUCCGUCCUUCUUAUCAGCGUUGGCAUGCAGCAAGCUGGCUGGCUCGGUCACGACAUGACUCACGCCCGUGACUCGCGCUACAACGACUUUUGGCUUCGCUACGUCAGUGGCUGGCUCAACGGCUUUGAUCGCAACUGGUGGUCCAACAAGCACAACACCCACCAUGUCCUCACCAACCACGUCAACCACGACCCUGACAUUCACGUCCAGCCCAUCCUCUACCUCUGGGCCCCCUUGAAGCAGAUGGACCACUUCCUCCGCAAAUACCAGUACAUCUACUUUCCCCUCCCUUACACCCUCCUCUUCGCUUCCUGGCGCCUUGAAUCCCUGAAGUGGUCCAUCGCGAACCGCGACUACAAAAUGUUCUUCCUUGCCAUCCUGCCCGGCUAUGUUUGGCUCGCUCUCCUGCCCUUUAAGGUCGUUCUCGCCAGCAUCCUUGUUUCCGGCUUCCUCGUCGCCAUUGUUGUCACCAUGUCCCAUGAAUCGGAGGAGCUCCUCCUUGAGCGCGAACCCAGCUACGUCACCAAUCAGUUCCUCACCACCCGCGACGUCCAGUGCCUCGACUGGGUCACCGAGUACCUCUUUGGUGGCAUGCAGUACCAGCUUGAGCAUCACCUCUUUCCCACCAUGCCCCGCUACAAGUACCGUGCCCUCGUUCCCAUUGUCAGGCAAUGGGCCAAGGCCAACGGCCUUGUGUACAAGAGCGACACCCUUCCCGUCAUGCUCGGUGAGCAUGUGGCUACCCUCAAGAAGGCGGGCGAGAUGGCCCAUCGCGAGGACACCGUUGAUCCCUACGCCCUUUCUUAA